GUCCGUCAUUUUUGAUCUAUAGAUUUUACAAAUCUGUAAAUUGCAUUGAUAGUUUUGUGCGAUUAUUUAGUGAUUUCAUUGAAAUAUAAUUAUUUGUCGCUUAAAAAUCGUCUAGUUUCCUUAGUGUCGUCGAGAGCUACUAGAAAAAACAAUGUCUGGUGAACCUGAUGUAGCACACACACCAGAGGGUGAGGAGGAGGAAAUCAAGUCCACGUACAAACCUCCCCCGGAGAAGACCAUUGAGGAGAUCCUGGCGGCCGACCAGGAAGAUGAGUCCUUGCGGAAAUAUAAGGAGGCUCUGUUGGGGCAGGCGCAGACCGGAACUGUUGUUGUUGACGCCUCGGAUCCCCGGAAGGUCAUAGUGAAGAAGCUGGCGCUGUGCGUCACAGGCAGGGACGACGUGGAAUUGGACCUUUCUGGAGACCUCACUGACCUCAAGAAACAGGUGUUCGUGAUCAAGGAGGGCGUGCAAUACCGGAUACGGAUCGACUUCAUCGUGCAGCGGGAGAUUGUGCACGGCCUCAAGUACGUGCAGAAGACGUACCGGCUCGGAGUACCAGUUGACAAAAUGACCCACAUGGUCGGCUCGUACCCCCCAAAAACCGAGAUCCAAUCCUACACCACGCCGCCCGAAGACGCGCCCUCCGGCAUGAUGGCGCGAGGCUCAUACACCGUCAACAGUCUGUUCACGGACGAUGAUAAAAACGUGCACCUCCAGUGGGAGUGGAGCUUUGAGAUCAAGAAGGACUGGAAGGAUUAAGCUUGGUAAGAGACUGGAUUGAAGUGCCAUUGGGAUUGUGGUUCGAUUUUGAUUUUGAAAUGGGAUUACGGGAGAUCCUGGUUCAGCUACAAAAAUCUAUGGAAUUAUAUAUAUUUUCGUUUUUCUUUUUGGCCCGACUUUUACUUUAUGAUCAUUCUUAGGUAGGCGGAUAGACGCUAGGGGCCACCCUUUUAUCUAAGAUUUGACUCAUAGAGUCGAGUCGAUAAUCCGUCGUACCUUUAAGAUGGUUAACGACUUUUUACGACGUUUCCGUGUUUUGCGGUAAUACUAACAAUUACUUUGUUUUGUUAAGUAAGCUGUGAAGUGGAUUGGCCAAAAAGGAAAACGAAACACACAUUACACAAAGUAAUAUAAGAAUGCCUAUGGUUUCGAUUCCUGUUAUCUUGAUGUGAGUAUAUACUCACUCACAUCAGUGAUAUCACUGAUGUAAUAGUAUUCUAGGAGUGUCAUGUAGUCUGGAGAGCAUUUUCUAUUUGUUCCAUGUAAUUGUGAAUACCUUUUAGAGUUCAUACUUUGGAAAAAAGCUACCAAUUGCAAAUUAAAGUGCUUAUAUGAAUAUUCCUGUAUCAGGCACUUCUGUGGGUAUGUUUAAACAAAUGGAUUAUAAUAGUAUUUUGUCUAAAAUGUGUAAUGGCAUUUUAUUUACAUUCUUAGUUGUGUAUAGUUGUAUAUAUACUGUCUACUCUCCCGUUCUCCUCUAAGCCAAGAAAUUCCAUUUUGAAAUUAUACUCAGUAUAAUAUGUUAGACAUACCUAAUAUAAGUUUCCCUCAUAUUACUUUCAAAUAAAUGCCCAAUUGGAUACUUAUAACAAUCCAGUACCCGACUCUUAGGUGGUUUUCACAUCGGAUGCAGAUUCGCACGCUGCGUCGGUGUGGACAUCGCUAUGUACCCGCAUAGCGCUGUCACAGUCAUACACCGGAGCGACGUGUGAAUUCGUCAGUGUGAUAACCGCAUUAGACUUGUGUCGUUAAAGUUGGCUGACUGAAAUAUCAAAUAUUGAUAAACUUAGUAUCUAAGAGUCACUAGGUAUAUCCAUAUUUCCUUUAAUUUCUAAUUUAGAAAUUAAAAAUUUUAAAUGUCAUUUAGGCCUGAUUUGACCAAAUCGAAAUAAACAUAGACUUGGAAAUUUUGUCAGGUUUGGUCAAAUCACCUUAGCAUUAACCCUUUUUGAACCUAAAGUGUUUAAGAAAGCUUUGGAUUCGCUUGUACCUUUAUACUUUUUCAAGAAUAAUAUACAAAAAUAAAUAUAUAUGAUAUGACAUUUACCCUAAUUCCUGUAGAUCAUACACGAGCCUUAUUGAAAUCACUAUUAGUAUAUGUAAAAAGUAGAUUACGAAGAAUCCUACAAUAUUUUUGUACCUAUUAGAUACAUUCAAAUACUCAUACCCUAGAAUUAGGAGUAUAAAAGAUAUAUGCCAUGUAUUUACUUAUCGUUUAUUAAAACACACUCGGCUAGUAAACGGUAAAAAAAAUCAUAAGUGUGAUUACAAUAUAAAGUUAUAAUGAAAUAAAUCACUAUUAAUAACAGUCAAGUAUAGAUUUUUGCUAGCUGGGUCAUCACAAUAUGACUUUAAUUAUCGUAUAUACAAGUAUUGUAGAAUAAACAUUUAUUAUAACAAUUUUAGUAGUCAGCCCACUCGCUAGCGACACAAUAUGCUAUCAACUAGCAUUCCUUAUAAAAAGCAUUUCAAGCCAAGCUGUUGGGCUUAUAUGGUCGGCUCUUUAUCAUUUGUCAUGCUUGUCACGUUCUAACAAAUAUGUAAGUGCGAAAGUGACGCAUGGAAUGACAGGUGAUAAAAAUGCGACCAACGAUACCGCUGCUGGUCUGAUGGUACAGUCAGAGAAAUAAUGUCAAGACUGACGUAUGAAUAGAUAAACUAGGGGUGUGAGAACGUUAUUUUUUCGACUGUACUGGUGCGGAAAGAGCGUAGUCUCAAAGUUAUUGACGGUAUUAUAUAUAUUCGAUUAUUGGCGUUACUGUGUAAGCAAAGAAACGC